AUGUUUCAAACAGGAAUGCUUUUUUGGCGGCGACCGAGUUUCCCCAUAACAAAAGUCCAUAUCUCAACACAGAUGCCACGUAACCAUGGUGUUCGUGUGAGAGAGGUUGGCCAUAAAGGAAUAUUUGCCCCAACUUUCUGCAUUGGCGAGGGCCGUUAUGAAGAUGUGACGGAACCAAUCGCCGGGGCGGUCGGCGGCGCUUUGGAGUCGAGCGGUGAAAACUCUUAUGGCUAUGGUAGU